AUGAAACGAACUCUGGGAAUAUUUUGUUUCAUCUUGUUUUUAAAUUUUGCUUAUGGAGCCUUGCCAGCACCCAUGGUCAUCACUAAAUAUGGAGCUGUUGUGGGAAGCGCCCAAAUCACUCAAGAUGGUACAGUAAUCAACGAAUUCAUGGGUAUCCCCUUUGCUCAACCUCCUGUCGGAAAACUUCGUUGGGAGAAACCCGCAACUCCUAUUCCAUGGACAUCGCCCCUUAAUACUACAGCUUAUAAACAAGGAUGCAUUCCUUGCAUGAGUGGGCAAGUGGAAAGCUUUGGGGCCACCGAAGACUGUCUUUACCUAAACGUGUGGACUCCGGAUUUGCAAGGUAGCCUGCCAGUCCUUUUUUACAUCCACGGAGGAGCCUAUACGGGCGGGUCGGCGGCUGAUUUUCCGCCGCAAAGUUGGCGAGAGGUUUGGUCUCGACGAGGAAUUGUGGUUGUUACAAUUCAAUACAGAUUGGCGGAGCUAGGAUUCUUGACAACUAAUGAUAGUCGAAUUGUUGCAAAUUUGGGCUUGUGGGAUCAAAAUAUGGCGCUUCGAUGGGUUCAAGACAACAUUGGACGAUUUGGAGGCAACUCAAAACGAGUCACAAUUUAUGGAGGAUCGGCAGGUUCAUCUUCAGUGAGUCAACACACAAUGUCUCCCUACUCAAAAGAUCUUUUUCAACAAGCAAUCGCAAUGAGCGGCUCUGCCAUGGCUGAGUUUGCACGAGGGACAAACACACUCGAUUUCUCAAAUCUCUACUUUAAGAAAUUAAAAUGUGAUACGGCGCCAGAUAUCAAAGCCUGCAUGCAAAGCAAAACCCUCGAUGAACUCUAUAAGGUCGAAGCUGGAUAUGAAGGGUCAUGUGGACCAAGUAGCCUAGACUGGCUCGGUUUUGCACCAAUUAUUGAUGGAGACUUCUUACCUGUCCAGCCCGAGAUCGCCUUUAAGAAUGCUUACAAUAUUCCAAUUAUUAUGGGACUAAACCAAAAAGAAGGACGCGUAUUCACCCUGGAAGCAAACUAUCCGUUUUCUGUUCUGCCACCUGGAUAUUCUAAAUACACGCCAACGAGUUUUGCAAACUAUAUUGCUACAUGGAUAACAUCAAGAAACUAUGCGACUUCUGAGAACGCAACCGCUCACACGGAUAUCUUCAGCUUCUAUUCUCAAAACACCACUGGAGCAAACGAUCACUAUUUUUGGAUUGAACAAUACGUUCGAUCAUAUUCCGACUACAUCAUGAACGUCCCCGCUGUACGAGAAGCCUUGGCUAAAACUGCCGCCGGAGUGCCAGUGUUUGCGUUCAUCUUUGACCAUUAUAACAAUCAAACUUGGCCCGUUACAUUUCCAUGCCAAGGAUCAACUCACAGCGGUGACAGCCCGUACGUUCUUGACGCUGGAUUCAGCUUUACCCCUACCGUGGAAGAUGUGGCUACCGCUAACAACAUUCAGGAGCUAUUUGUUCAGUUCAUUCACACCGGUAAUCCAUCUACAAAUCAUAUCAACUGGGACAAGUUCGGCUCAAAGCUGGAGUAUCUAAGCCUUUCCGAGAAGCCCGUAAUGAAAACUGAUUGGUUCGGACCCAGCUAUCGGUUCUGGACUGAAGCUAUGAAAAAGUACAGCUACGAUUUCAUCAGCGGCCAAUAUUGGAAA